AAUUUCAAAUCCGUCCUCGCGCGAGCUCAGCCCCCUAGCGACGCUCCAUGGUUACGAGCAGCAGGAAGCGCGCUCACGGUGGCGGGCUGGGAACAACAACAACAACAUGAACAUGAACGCGGAGCCUCCGCAGAGAGUGGAGGCAUCUCUUCAGCUGCCAGCCGAUAAAGAUGUGAGUCAGUCUGUCGGACAGUCCUCCAUCAAUCCUGGAGCCAGACAGGACCAGAGGCAGCCCAGGCUGGAAGCAGAUGAUCGGGAGCCUCUACAGGCCAGUGGACACGCUUUGGAGCUGGAAUUUCAAGACAGUAACUUGUCUCCAGCUCUUUCCCUCUUGCCUGUAAACUCUCGAGUGGACCACAACUUCACUGAAUAUUCUUUAUUCCAACAAAGUGAAAAUGAAUUUGCUCCUUUAAGGGCGUACCCUGACAUGUCCAUGGCAUCAGAGAGAUUUCACUUUCCGCCCCAGGAUCGCACCACUCAGGCCUCCGAGCGUGGCUCACUGUCCCAGCACCCUUUGGCCCAUGCAACCAUCCUUUCUGAAGAAGGAACAAGCAGCCUCUGCUCACUGUCCCAGCACAGUUUGCCACCAGGGGACGACGACCGAGAGGCAUCUAGAGGUGAUGGUGGUCGCAGAGAGAAGCACUCUCAGACACUCACCGACCUUAAAAACAAGCUCGCAGGAGAGGCUGUAGAAGAUGACACCUUCUUUCUGAGAAAGGACAUCCCUGCCCAGCAUCUUCUGGACAUCCUUCAGAAAGAGGUAGGCAUGCCGAGCAGCAGCAGUAGUGCGGUGUCCUCUGCCUCUGAGAUGUCUGUGAAGAGCAUUGCAUCUUAUGCCCAAGAGUCUAAAAGCUCUAAAAUUGAAUCAGGAACUCACCAAAGCUUUGCUAGAAGAGAAGGUCCACCUGGUGAAGCUUCUCUGCCCCAACAGCAGACGCAGCAAUCUGACCCGUCCCAAACACUGUCAUCUGAGGUCUGUAACAUCACCAUGGGUUCCCGCAGCACUCUACCUGAUGACAGCAGCGAAGUGUUGUACAGGGAGCUGCUGUCUGAGGCUGAGAGGCACCGCAGCAGAGAAGCUGGAUCAGUAAACCAACAGCAGAAAAGUGCUUCACCACCUAGUCAGUUUCUAACUGAGACAUCCAAUAGCAAACCAAGUGUGACCCGAAAAAUUCUGAAUGACCCGCCAUGGACCGGGCCGUCUUCAUCAGGUGUGGAAAGAUUGCACAGGGAGCAAGACCUCUGGUCCUCAGGGAACCAAACAGGGAUCGAUGGGUCCUACCUGGGUUUCCUUCCACAGUCUCAGUCCACUCCAGGGGUUUUCAAGGCCCCACCCAAAUCCAGUGUCAAGGCUACAUUGGGAAAACUGUCAGCCAUAGAAUCUGAUAAAGACAGCUCGAAUCAAUCAAGGACAGGGAUCUCUCCACAGCCGGCUGUUCCUGAGCCUGACGUCCAUGGUCCAGACUCAGCAGAUCAGUGCCACGAGGAACAUACCUCCGCAAAAGUCCAGUCUCUUCCAAGUCUUAACUACAUGCAGAAAGUAGACGCUUGGAGGGAGAAUCAGAGCUCUGGCAAAACGUCACUGUUUGACAGUCUGGCACUGCAAGGAUUUUCUGGUGUCUCGCCUAAAAAGAAAGCUUACGACGUAGUAUCUGACUCCUUGAAUCGCAUCCUCAGUCAGCAGGUGAGGAGUGUACAGCAGCCUCUUGUUUCCAGUGCUCACAACGAGAAUGUCCCGCAGAAAUCCUCUGCAGCUCCUUCUGGCUCCUCCUCUCCGAGAAGAGGGGAAGCAGUGGGCAGUGCGCCCAGUGACAAAGAUAACACUGGGUCUGCAGCAAGACCCUCCAGCUCACCCUCCGGCAGGUCGCAGUCCCACUCCUCUCUUAGCACAGUCGUCAUGUCGGCCCAGAAAGAAAAUGAGAAGAACGACGAGGUUCAUCGUCGUCAGCCGAGUGCCUCUGCUCAGCCCUCACCUCUCGUGAACCUUGGUCAGUUCAGCGACGUAUCAGUUGAUGUGACACUUUCAAGUUCCCAAGAUAGUUACAACAAUGGAGUUAAAUUAGGAACUUCUCUAGGAGCUUCUUCUGUCACCAGCCUGGAGGUGGAUAAUUAUGCCCCGUACUGGACUUCUAAACUGUCGACAACACCCCCUCUGCCCGAACCUCGAGAGCUCAACAUUGAAGAACGAAUUCCGUUGUACCUCCACAACCUGGGUAUCGACCAGUCUCCCGCAACAAUAUUAACUCCUUUUGCACCCAGAGGGCCAAUCAGAGAACCUGAAUUCUCCCCCACUGAUCUCUGUACAAUUAAAGGAUCGAUUGGAACCCCGACCAGGAGCACCCAACCCUCUGAAGGUGGCAGUCCACAUAAAGGAGAGUUUUCCAGGUGUAGUAUUCUGUCAGUGGACUCUAGUGUUUCCAUACCGUUUAGUCUGGACAGUCUUGGUCCGGCCAUGUCGAUCCCAGAGCCGACCAAGCGAGCAUCUCCUCCAACUGAUGCUGAAGCUGCCCAGACUGAAUGCAGACUGACACCUGCCUCAAAGCGGGAAGACGACUCCCUCUCUUCCACAUUGGAACUCAGCCAGCAGCAACAGAAGGACGGCACUUUAACCAGCAGCCAGAAUACUUUCCUGCCAGGAGAGAGGUUUGACUCUGACCUCUCAUCUAUUACCCAGGCGAGGAGCGGGGAAAGAGAUUUGGAGUCUCCUUUACAGACAAGUCGUAGUUUGGGGAAAAGUGCAGAGGAUUCUUUUGUGAGCUCUAAGGCCUUGUUGGAGAUCCAUAAUCUACUCUCUCAGGCGGAUAAAGUGUCGUCUGCUGGGUCUUCUGGAGCUUCCUCAGCCUCCCCUGCAGCUCGUCUGCUGUCUGAUGACGACAUACUCCUCUCCUUGAGGAGGAAAACCAGUAAAGUCCAGGAGGCCUUCUCUGGAACUGAAGACCCCAGAACUCCUUCCUCCUCGCUGUGGGCCAGGUCGUCAUCUGAUUCCAUGCUUACCUCAGAAAAACCAAGGCAAAGCUCUUUAGGUCGAGAAAGCAUGACCUCAUCAUGGCAGUCUGAUAAUCCUUCCACACAAUCUCUAACUACUGCACGUGCUGCAGGUUCAACCCUUGUUCUCUCCAAAUCCGCCCGACGGGCGGAGCCUGAAGGCUGCAGUGCUGCACCUCCUGACAACAAAGUCCCAACACAACCACCAGCCAUCAAGUCUCCACCAGCUGUGAACACACAGCAGCUCAUCUCUACAUCUGCAGAGACGGCAGCUGUACUAGAGGUGGAAGAAAGGCCUGCGCCUGGAGGUCCUGCACAGAGUCGCUCCUCGUCGCCCGCUCCCGAGGACACAGAUCAGGGAGCGUUGAGCGACGAGAGCAGCGAGAGCUCGCUGGCAGUCAGAGUGGCCAAGUUGCUCCAGAGUGAGUCUCCAGCCACCAUGAUGUCCAGUACACCCAGCAUCACUGAUCAAGAGGAGAGCAGGGCCAGAGAGUGGAUCAAACUGAAGAUAUCAGGUCAGCAGUGUGAACCUCUGGAGCUGGAUGUAGAAGAUAGAAGAAGGAUUGAAGAGAUCAAAAAAGAGCUGCUGUUAAAAUACCCCAUGAAGAGCCAGUUGAGUACAGAUACAGAGAGCAGCGCAGGAUCCAGUGUCAGAGUCCAGAGGGGACAGGAUCCACCUCAGUCUGCAGGGAUGUUCACCACCCCCGAAGAUGCAACCAACCUGAUGUCUCAGCCUCUGCAAGGCCUCAGAACCAACCUGUCUGACUCCAGCGUGCAAAACCCUCAUCGCCCAGAAACUCUAGAAGCUCAAGUACAGAAGAUUGCUGCUCGAGAAGGAGUUACCCUCCCCAGAACAAACCCUCGGGCCCUCACAUCCAUCUCUAUCGCCACCUGCAGGCGCUCCACUUCCCCUUCUCCCUCCACGUCGCCUGCACCUCCCAUCAGCCCAGCCUCAGAGCCACUCCACCCGAGCGAGCUCUCUACAGCAGACGAACACCUUAAAGUGAACAGGCCACCCCCUCAAAAUGAAGAAAAGACAACCAGAGAGCCGACAUCAGGGUUUGAACCAAGCAGUCGUCUCUACACCUGGAAGCAAAGCCGAAACUCUCAGUUAAUGUCAGGAAAUCAGAAGAGGCAGGAUGCUGUGGGAGGCCAGUUUGAAAAACCUCCCUCACCCUUGCAGGUUUUAAAUAGAGAAGAUGUGAAUAUCACUGAUGAUAACACACAAACUUUUCAUCGAGAUGAUUUAUUCACCCGGGACAUCUCUGCGUCUGGUGUCCAUGGAGCUGAAAGAACCACAGAGUCUUCCACCUCUGAAUCUCCUGCCGCUGCAGCUCACGUCUCCCGUGUCCAUCUCACUCUGUCCACGAAAGCAGCUGAUCGCAGCUUGGCCUCCACUGAGCGCUCCAGUCCAGCGGAUGCUGCUACAGUGUUGCCACGUAGAGAAUUUGUUCUCCUCAGACACUCUCCAUCCACAGCCAGCAGCCCGGACGAAGGUGUCGGUCUGUCCAGUCCACCAGAGUGGUACGAGACCAGAGGGCCGAGAGAACAGCGGGGGCUUGAACGAGCUGACACCUCCACCCUGUUUAAAUCUGUGGUUCCUCAUCAAAGAGUCACCUCCGCACCCAAACAAGCCUUCACACCACGUCACAGACCGGACGUUUCCAGAAGAGCCUUAACCAAUGAAUCACCAGCGGUGCCUGUUCUGCUGCCUUAUAAACCCCGCGGCAGUGAGGAGCUCUUCUACGUCCCUCAGUUAGAAGCUGACGUCUCCUCUACAGGCCCCUCUGACACCUCCAUGGAGAGCUCACACACAGGCUCAGACGACGCUGUGCCCCCACGCUUCAGCAGCGAGGUCCUCGGGCGCCAGGACCCGGGGUUGGACCGCGGCGUCACUACCAGACACACGGAGGGCAUCUACAGCAAGAGGCUGAAAACGGCUUCCUUCAAAAUGCAAGAGCCCGGACACAGAGAUUCCUCUGUGACAGCGGAUAAAAGCUCACAAACGAGUGCAAACAGAAGUCCACGUCCGUCCUCUCAUGUGUCGGCUGCCUUUACCAGAGUGCAUUUGCCAAACAACCAGGAAGCCUCAACGAGAGACCAGGGAACCAGCCCGAUGCUGUUUACUCAUUACGAUCGACCAGAGACGAGCAGAGAGACAGUUCAGCCAGUUCACGUGGAAACGAAGCGUAGGACACGUCAUCACCUGGACCAAAGCUCUGUCCCUCAAACAGUAGGACACCAGCAGACGAGGGACCCCGACGCCUCCCAACAGAGCAACAUCAGUCUGGAUGAGCUGUGGCAGAGGUUCUGUGAUCGCUGGACCAUCGAGCAGUCUCGCCCGACCAGUGACCGGGAGGCGUCGCUGCUGCAGAGACUGGAGCGUCUGUCCCGUCUCAUUCACAGCACGAGGGGGACUCGUUUGUCGGAAUUACAGGAGGAAGAUCAGGAUCCUUGCACCUCAAAUCAGAAGCUAGGAAGGAGGAGAGAAGACGCUACGAGGGGAGACAGAAGGCCCAAUGUCAGAGAGGAUGAUGGGAGUUUACUUGAAGAGACAAAACCUCCCGUCCCUCAUCAGGCACAGCGAACGUCUCAGCCUGCAGCAGAGAACAGUCACUCCUCCUUCGCCUCCAGUCUGUCCCACAACUCCUCCCAGUCUCUGCACCUCAGUCCCGCAGACGCGUCAGACACCUUGUCCACCGCGUCGGGCUCCAUGUCCAGCGUGGACACGGCCCGGCUCGUCCGAGUCUUCGGCUCCCACAGAGUCAAGCAGCUGAAGAGCGGCUCCAGCCUCUUUAAGCUUUACAACACCAUCAACAAGCAGAAAGAAGGGAGGGAGCAGAGGAGAGGGAGACACGGAGACGUCCCGCACCUCCUCACGCCGUUAGAGACGACCGGCGCCGACGAAUCCUCGGUUCCUGCUGAUUCUGUGUCGUCCACCAGCACCUACACCCCCCCAUCACACCGCGGACCCUCCAAGAAGACAGUUAAACUGGUCAGCAAAGGAAUCCAGACAGCUGGUGACCUGGAGAUCGUCCGAAACGCGACUCGGCGCCACACCAGAGACGUUGGAACCACGUUCCCCUCGCCUCAUGAAACCUCAGCGUCGGGACGGAUUUCCUCUUCCUCACCCAGUGUACAGAGAGGAAGAGGAGGGCAGAAGAAACCCGCUAAGAUUCAGUCCUCACAAAAACAGAGGAAGAGCAAGCGGAGCCCCUCAAAGCUUUAUCCUGCAGGUGUCUCUUGGUUCAUCUCUGCUGACGACCUGCGCUCCGAGGCGAAGAAGGAGAACCAGCAGCAGGCGGAGGAGCCGACACUGAGGCCGAGCACCGCCUGGUUUGAACCGCACAGCAGAACACAAGCGUGGAGAGAACCGCUCAGACAGAGACAAGUCCACGAAGACAGAACCAGACGUCAGACAGAACCUGAUCCCAAAACCAAAACAAUAUCGUCCGGUCUGACGCACGUUUCUCUGCAGGAGGCGCUGGAGAUGUCGCGUCCGGGGUUCAUCUCUCGGUCCACGCAGAGGGUGAAGUGUCUGGCUCUGCAGGCGGAGGAGAGGAAGCUUCAGGCCGUCUUCAUCGGAGAGAGAGACGAGCUCUUCAACCAGCCCAGAGGACAGGGGAGGCUGCCGAGGCCCGCAGGCACUGCUCUGCUGAGGAGGGCUGUCCCCAGGAAGGAAAUGAUCCAGAGGUCCAAACAGAUCUAUGAGAAUCUGCCUGAGGUGCAGAGGAGGAGGGAGGAGGAGCGAAGGAGAGCAGAGUACAGAUCUUACCGACUGAACGCACAACUCUACAACAAGAGAAUCACCAACCGUGUCCUCGGCAGACGAACAGCGUGGCAGUGAUUGUGACUGUCAAUGAAACAGAAACUUUUUUCAAUCUUUGUAAGAACAAAACUACCUAAAUCCACUUUUAUUUAAGAACCACAUUUUUAUAGUUGGUGUUUUUAAGAUUAUGUUGAAAAGUAGAAUUCUACUCAAGAACAUAAGAUGUGAUGUAGUUGGUAAGACUGACUGUGUGUGUUUUAUUGUGAAAAUAAACCAGGUUUCUU